AUGGGUCCCACGACGCUGACGACGACCUUCAACCACCAGACCUUAACCCACAGCCUCCAGAUUAAAUGGACAUCACUGGGCAACCCCAAGUCUCAGCCCCUCAUCUUCAUUCACGGCACGCCAUGGUCCUCCAAAAUGUGGAAGCCAUUUGCAGUGGCAUUGUCGCGACAGUUCCAUGUCUAUCUACUCGACAGACCGGGUUUCGGUGAAUCGCCCUCAGAGCAGCCGCUGCAGGCUGACUGGAAACCCGACAGCCCGAUGAUCCAAUACGACUCGGAUCUUGCACGGCAAUCAGACACAUUUGCGGCACUCUUUAAAACGUGGCAAGCUGACUGGAACGGCCGGAAACCUCACGUUAUCGCCCAUGACAAUGCUGGCCUGCUCAGCCUGAGGGCACAUCUCCUGCACGAUUGCCAAUACGCCAGUCUGUGUCUGAUCGACGUCGUCGCCAUUGGACCUUUCGGUCAAUCGCUCUUCAAAGCCGUGGCAGAAGACCCAGAGCGCUUCGAGCGUCUCCCAGAUAUGGCGUUCCAAGGCAUCUUGGAAGGGUACAUUCGAAACGCGGCAUAUCACGAGCUCCCCAAGGAGACGAUGGAGAUGCUGAAGGCGCCCUGGCUCCGACCGGGGGGCAAGGCGGGCUUCCUACGAGAAUUAUGCCAGGCCAACGCACGCUCGACGGAUGCCGUUGAGGGUCGUUACGGGGAAGUUGGCAAGGCCAUGCCGGUCAAGGUGAUAUGGGGCGCCAACGAUGAAUGGAUCCCCGCGAAAGAUGCCCACAGACUUGGUGAUGCGUUGAAUGCCAGAGAGGUGGUGAUCAUUGAGGAAGCUGGACACUUGAGCAUGAUUGAUCAAGCAGGAGAAGUAGGCGUCGAGUUUGGGAGGUGGUUAUGCUCACUGUAG